CCCCGGGCGGGCGCUCUCUGCGCCACGCUCCGCCCCCCGCAGCGCUAGGAGCCCGCCAAGCUGCAGAGCACUAGACGCCAUGGCCGACCCGUUGAGCAGUGGGAAGCCAGGCCGGAGGCCAGGGCAGGGGAAACUAGACCUUCUGCUGGUUGGAGAUGCCACAAGGUACUUCCUGACUGGCUCUAUACAGAAAUUCUUUUCCAGCACCGCACACUUCACCCUGACCGUCAGCGAUGUGAAGAAGGUAGCCUCGCUUUUGGCCGCAAACUCUUUCGACAUCAUCUUCUUGAAGGUGACUUCCACCUUAACCGCGGAGGAGCUGGAGGCUGUCAAGUCCAUUCGAUCUGGCAAGAAGAAAAACACCCGUUUGCUGUUUGUUUUUAUAAAACCUGAAAAAUUUAAAGGCUGUAUUUCAGACUAUGGAGUGGAUAUUAGUUUCCCUGAGCCACUGACCUUGGGAAAAAUGGACAUGGUGGUAGAGUACUGGAAAGCAUAUUUCACAGAUGUGGAAGGCACUGAGAGGCUUCCAGAAUGCGGACUACACCUCAAACUUCCAGCAAAUGCGGAAAGCGCUGAGAGGCUUCCAGAACAUAGUCUGCACCUCCAGACUUCCUGCAGUGAACUUGGGGAACACUUUUCUACUGAUCUGUUUCUUCGUUCUGGGCAGCUGAAAAAUGACAGAGAACUUGUAUUAAAGGCCCCACUGCCGGGUCCUGAGAGAAACAGAAAGACUUCUUUUGUUCAUUCGAGCAAAGAGAAGCUGAGGAGAGAGCGCAUCAAGUUUUGCUGCGAGCAGCUGCGUACUCUCCUGCCGUAUGUCAAGGGGAGGAAGAGCGAUGUGGCUUCAGUUAUUGAAGCGACCGUUGAUUAUAUGAAGUAUGUCCGGGAGAAUCUCUCUCCGGCCAUCAUGGCCCAGAUUACAGAAUCCCUCCAGAGCAAUAAAAGGUUCUCGAAGAGACAAGUGCCCAUCGAGCUGUUUGUUCCACGUGCAGCCACACCACAGAGGGACAGUGGUGUGCUGACAAGCGCUUACUCAUCUGUGAGGGAGAUCCAGCUCCUGGCUGACCAGUGCCUGACUGUGUAUUCCAGGCCUGCUGCGGAAGGGCCCUUGGAGGAAGCUGUAAGAGGCCAGUUAAGCUCUGUUCCGGAGAGCUCUGUUGAGGAUCUCUCUAAAACUCGAGUCUCCAGUGCAGCACUCUCGCUUAAUUCCUGCCAUGCCGUCACAUACUGUCCCGGGGCUGUCCUUCCCCGUGAUUCGGCUGCCAGAACAAAUCAGAACAUUUCCAUUUAUUUACCGUCCGCUGUGCCCAGUGUCUCCAACUUCCUUCCUCAGCACUGCAGUUCCGUGCUUUGCCAAACACAGGCAGCUGGUCCCAGUUACCUGUGCACUCCAGGCCAGGAGCUUCCGGCCGGCUCUCUCACUCCCUCAUCCGGCAUCUUCCGUGGGCUCCAAGACUCAGACUCAGAUCGUCAGGCUUCUCAGCAGCCGCUUGGGCCUGAUGAGUCGUUCCCCCAGCCUCAAGAAAACAAUUACUUUUAAGAGAAUAAAUAUUGGAAAACCCGUAGGUUUAGAUGCCUGAAGACCCCAGUUGGCUUUAUAAACUACUUCGUGAUACAGAAAUGCAUUGUGACUGUGAGUAAGAAUGAGCUAGCCUUCAGCUAAAGGGGAUGUCGCCCUCCUUUGCGGCGACAGUUUGGGACACAUUGACAAUCCAUGUUUGAGGCUCAUAGUCUAGACCAUGUGCUGGGCUCGGUUGUUCAGUUCAGGAAGAAGGGACAAAGAAAGAUCUUUUGAAAGCUGCUGACUCUGCCUUCUGAUGAAUGUGCUAGAAUCUUCCAAAGAUGCAUAGAAAGACAGUGAAUGACACUGACAGCCUUGUGUCUCAGGCAUCUUCAUCCAUGCUGGGACUUCCUGGCCAGAGAGCUAUAAGCAGCAGUAGCCCGAGUGACCCCACACUCACUUGUUCUACCAAAAACUAUUGUUCCCUUUGUGAAAAAUCAUACCACCAAGAAGACCAUGCGGGUGUGAACAGCUAAGACCAGGAAGGCGUGUUGAUGCCCCCAGGCCACCAAGCACAGAUCUUGCAGCCUGCUUAUUUCUGUCACUGAUUUCUAGUUGCUGUCUUGUCUAGAUUUGGCAUUUUAAAGAGCCCCCUUUUCAUUCAUUGCCCGAACUAAAAUAUCCAGGGGCGUUGGGAGCAGUGUCUGCUUUUCCGGUUGGUGACUGAAUAAGUUAAUAUGCUUUUGGUUGCAUUUUGCAACCAUGUGAGUGGAAUGGGGAGCUAAGAGGGGCACUUUCCUUGCUGGAUCUUUAGUUACAGACCCACAGAUCUCCACUUUGUCCUUUCUUCCUACGGGGUGUUAGAGCAACUGUUGGGAACG